AUGCUUAGCGAUUCUGGUCCAGUGAAGCUGACAGGCUCGAUCACCGGCCUCACACCUGGUGAGCAUGGCUUCCACGUCCAUGCCUUUGGAGACAACACAAACGGGUGUAUAAGUGCUGGUCCUCAUUUCAAUCCUCUAGACAAGACUCAUGGAGGACCAACCGAUGAAGUCAGGCAUGUAGGUGACCUUGGCAAUGUUACUGCAGGGAAUGACAACGUUGCCAAAAUCAAGAUUGAAGACAGUCUGCUUACAUUGGCUGGACCAAACUCAAUCAUUGGAAGAACCAUGGUGAUUCACGAAAAAGCUGACGACCUGGGGAAAGGAGGCAACGAUGAAAGUCUGAAGACGGGCAACGCUGGCGGCCGUCUGGCCUGUGGGGUCAUUGGGAUCACCCAGUAAACCCCCAACACCCAGUACAGCGGCGCUUAAACCACUCUGACCAGGAGGUGACCAGUAGGGAUGCCCCAGCAAGCACUUAACUUUCAAUACGCAAACUUCUUUGUUUGUAUGGUUGUUUUCCCCACAUAAUCAUGACUGUGUAAGAAUAGCUUUAGAUGCACAGUCCUCUUGUGAAAGCAGGUUUUUUUUUUUUUUCUUCUUUCUGUUGCAUUUGCGUUAUCAGUGUUCCCAUCUGAUGUUAAAUGGCAAAUAAGUGGCAUUGGUAAAGACAAUAUAUGUUAACUCUGCUCUCAGUUAUUCAAUAAAUGUUAAAUGAGAAAA